AUGGUAAGUCGCAACUUUCUGGCCUCUGUUCGUCGAGUCUCACCCGACGCCAAUCAGACAAGCCGGCGGUCGUUUCAGCGCACCAAAACCACAGCUUCCUCGGACGCAAAAUGCCACGAACAACGAGAAUAUUCCCUACUGUCUUUCACCUACACAAAGCCGCACAAGUGCAGCAAGUUGAAGCAGCCUGGAGGUCCCGAGAAGCCCAAGCCGACGUUGAAGGCGAAGGUGAAAUCAAUCGUGUUUGCCAUGACCCUCUGCCACGCAAGGAAGAAACGCCGACCGUCCGCGUUUUCGGUGUCCAAUGACACUUGGACUAGGAAGGAAUAUCCCGAUCCGCCCGAGCUUGAAUCCAUCGAGAGGCCGGUAGAGCUUCGUUCGGAAAUGGAGCCUCAAGAGCUCGAAGGCGACUAUCCGGUCGACUACACGCCUCGAGACGAGCAGCCCGCCCAGGCUGGAUCGCAGCCUCAGGCUGGAUCCUCCGACCCGGACAUUCCUUCAAUACAGGUGACAGAAGACCAGACACCACUUCGUCGGUCACCGGAGCCCCAGCCGCAGGUCAGGAGAAAGCCACGUCCAAGCGGAUCAGCAGAGCUGAGGAUCCCACGCCCUGUUACUCCAGCCGGAAAUGGCGCACGGACGACGCAAACCCCAAGCCGUUUCGUUUCCAGGCUGUUGGUGCCCUCAUCACCGACGACCCCCUCUCGGAAGUCCGAGGACUCCCCGUGGAAUCCAGAUGAGGCUGCUUCUGCAGCGGACGAGCCUUAUUCUGCUUCCCAAUCUCGCAUCCCCACAUCCUCGUCAGCCCCCUCGACAAGCUCUCCCAAAGCGCCACCGUGCCCCUUGUUCUCCUGUCUCUGCUGGCGUGAGCACAAGUCGGAUUCGUUCAACCAACCGCUGUCCGAUUCUCCAACAUCGACGACCAGCACAUUGGUGGACUCACGCCCGUCAUCAUCCUGGUUGACGGAAAAGCAGGUGUACGAGCCACCGAAUCCUGAUGAUGAUGGCACCGCAGCACCACCAAAGCGAAGCUCUGCGCCUCUCGAGUCAUCAAAGUGGUUCGAACGCAACUUUCAACCCAUGUUCUCCGACAGCGUGAAGGCCGUGCUGAAGCAACCCCUUCCGAAACUCCCGCUGUUCCGACGCUCGGCGCAGAACGACAUCGAUACCGUCCAAGCGAUACGCACCGGGAAGAAUCAAGAAAAAGGCACACAGGCGCUAGAAAAGCACAGGGAACUAGACCCUUCACCCGUUCUUUCAGAAGUAAGAGGUGGAUGGGACUUGAAUCCGGAAAAGACGGGGCUUUUCGUGAGAGAACAGAGGACGCCAGCGAGUCAUCCUCCCAAUGUCAGGCAUGUUGAACGGGCAAAAGGCUGA